GCUUUACCUAUCAGGGGCUCUGCAAAACCCCAAAUUAGGCGGCGUCGUCGGAUACAUCAAAGCCCAGAGCCACAGCCCCAGCCCCCGCACCUCACCAGCUCACCUCUCCUCCCCUUGUUUCUCCUCCACCUUCUCCCAACCCAAUCAAAGCUCAAGACCCAAAACCGCGAACCCAAAUCUCCUUCCUCAAAAUUGCACCACUGGUAUGUGAGAAAGUCUCACUUCGUAUUCGUAUUCCCUUUCCGCUUCACUUUUUGAUUCAUUUCUAAGCUCGAAUCUUCAAAUUUUCGUCCUAUUAGUUCUUUUUUAUGCAGGUGACAUAGGAGCAGUAGCAAGUGAGAUAUUGGAUGAUAAAAGCUGGGACGUGAAAAAGUCAUGGCAGAAGGCACAGAAGUCGAUGAGCGGGUGGAUUUUGAUGAUGAAAAUUACAUGGAAGAGAUGGAUGAUGAAGCUGAAGAGCAAUUAGAUGAAGAUGGUAGUGAUGGAGAAGAUGAGGAAAAUAUGGAAGAGAAUGCUGAAGACGCACAUGAUUCUAUGAAUGGAGCUAGUGAGAAAGAACAAUCACCGGAUGCCGAAAGAAGCCACAUUACUGCUGAAUCUGUGGAAGAAGGUGAAGAUAAGCCUGUUUCUCCAAUUGACGAAGAAGAACAAGAGAAGCGCGCUCAACUUCUUGCUCUUCCUCCUCAUGGGUCUGAAGUUUUCAUUGGUGGACUUCCUAGAGAAGUCACAGAGGAAGAUCUGAGGGAUUUAUGUGAUAAUAUAGGUGACAUUCUUGAGGUAAGGUUGAUGAAAGACAGGGAAACUGGUGAGAAUAAAGGUUAUGCCUUUGUAGCUUUUAAAACAAAAGAGGUUGCACAACAGGCCAUUGAAGAGUUACACAGUAAAGAAUUCAAGGGUAAAACAUUAAGAUGUUCGCUUUCUGAAACCAAACACAGAUUAUUUAUUGGUAAUGUUCCAAAGAGCUGGACAGAGGAUGAGUUUCGAAAAGUUGUUGAGGAGGUUGGUCCAGGAGUUGAAAACAUUGAACUAAUAAAGGAUCCUCAAAUUCCAAGCAGAAAUCGUGGUUUUGCCUUUGUCUUGUAUUAUAAUAAUGCCUGUGCCGAUUAUUCAAGACAAAAGAUGUCAAAUUCUAACUUUAAGCUGGAUGGAAAUACUCCAACUGUUACCUGGGCCGACCCAAAGAGUACACCUGAUCAGACAGCUGCGGCACAGGUGAAGGCUCUUUAUGUGAAAAAUAUACCAGAGAAUACUACCACUGAACAACUGAAGGAGCUGUUCCAGCGUCAUGGGGAAGUGACAAAAGUGGUCAUGCCACCUGGCAAAGGUGGGCAAGGCAAGCGGGAUUUUGGUUUUGUCCAUUAUGCUGAAAGGUCGAGUGCUCUAAAGGCUGUCAAAGACUCAGAGAAAUAUGAAAUUGAUGGCCAAGCUCUAGAGGUUGUCCUUGCCAAACCUCAGACUGAUAAAAAAUCUGAUGGAUUUUAUUCUUACAAUACUCCACCACAUGCAAAUCAUCUUCCCCACCCAGGCUAUGGUGGUUUUCCUGGAAAUCCAUAUGGUACUAUAGGGUCUGGAUAUGGUGUUGCUGCUGCAGGAUUUCAGCAGCCAAUGAUAUAUGGUCGUGGACCAAUGCCAGCAGGAAUGCAAAUGGUACCGAUGGUUCUUCCAGAUGGUCGAAUUGGCUAUGUCCUUCAGCAGCCAGGUGUACAGAUGCCCACUCCUCGGCCUAGACGAAUGGAUCGGAGCAAUGGUCCAAGUGGACAGGCAGGAAGAGGAGGAGGCAGUGGUAGCGAUGAAGGAACUCGUAGCAGGAGAUACAGACCCUACUAGUGGUAGCUUACUAUUUCAGCUUAUCUUUGCCUUUUUUUUCUGUUAUGUAAAAGAGAUGUGUUGUGAUUGGAUGAUGAUCCCUUGAAACAAAAUAACAAUCCCACCCCCUUUGGUCCCUUUCCCAGAAUUUAAAAAAAAAACAAAAAAAAAAGGGUCGUUAGGAGUAGGAAAAAAAAGAGGUAUCACAAGUUAAUGUUGGUGGUGUCUCAAUGACAGGGACAGGCUAGGAAGUAUGAUUAUAUGUAUUAACUUAUCUGGUUGUAAUGCUUUUUGUGUUAGCAUUUUUUUAUUGACACCCAUCAGAGAAAAGCAUUGAUUCUUAUUGCCUGUGCCACACAAUGAGACAACUCGCAUGUUAUACUUCA